CUUCAUGCUCUUCUUUCCUCUUGUGAUCCAUUCAUUGAGGAUUCAACCAGGGAGAGGUUGAACAUUAACAUUGUGACCAGCAAAAGAGUUCAAUGCUUAUGCAAUAAGGGCACACCAGUGUGAAAACAAGAAGACAGUUACAGCCAAAGGUAUUUCACUUUAUCUUUGAUCAGAUAGGAAAGAAAAGUUAUGUAAUGACUGAAGUGACUGAAGUCAGUUCUGAUCUUUGGAGACCUAGGAGAGGACUGACACGGAGAAUGGUUGGUUUUCUACACAGUGAUUAGUGGCCUUUAUGCAAGCAGCAGUCCAGAUGACUCUAGUGUUUGUUUACGGGACGCUAAAGAAGGGCCAGCCUAACUACUUCAGAAUGUUGGACCCUGCCAAUGGGAAGGCUUCCUUCCGUGGUCGAGCCAGCACCGUUGACAAGUUCCCUCUGGUGAUCGCUGAGAAAGGCAACGUCCCGUUCCUCUUGAACAUCCCUGGACAAGGCCACCACAUCCAGGGGGAGGUCUACUCUGUUGACGACCAGAUGCUGGCGUUCCUGGACCAUUUUGAACGCACCCCUGACAUGUAUCAACGCACCCUGGUAAAGCUGAAGGUGGAGGAGUGGGCGGCAGACGCUGGGGCAGUGCGAAGCACAGGGAGCACAAUGGAGGCUUUCACUUACAGCACCACCGCCUACAAGCCGGAGUGGGUGACGUUGCAGAGUUAUGAGAACUAUGACUCCUAUGGUGAUCAUGGUUUAGUGUUUACCACUCACCUUUAGGAAGUGUUAAUUAGCUUUGUGUGAUUAGUUUUAACUGAAACCUGUAGUCACAACAUUGAGACUUCCUGUGGCGUUGUAUUCUACACUACAGCGGUGUCUUUUGUACCACAGGUUAGCUUGAAUGAUCACUGCAUCUUCCUUGGGUGAAGACAUUUGAAAAGACAAAAAUUCAAGUUUCAGAAAGUAGUUUUUAAUACUAUUCCUGUCGAUCACCCUGUUCAUAAGGGCUUGCUGUUACUACUCCUGCUCCGUUUUAAGAUUUGGAUGGGACAGGGUUAUAUUAUAUAUUGAAUCAAUCCAUAAACCAGGUAUCCGUACAGUCAUUUGAGUAUAACUACAUGUUCUGCUUUCUUGAAUAGGUAGGAGUGCUGAUAACUAAAUAAGAAAACCUGUAUCUGUCUGUAUUGGUUAAGAGUGUUUUGCUGUGAUUGUUCUGUGCCCACUUGAUUAUGAGAGCAUAAAAAUACUCAAAUGCAAAUGAUUUUAAUAUGUUGUAAUAAAGUAAUAAGUACAAA